GUCUCGUCUGGUAAUGACAAGUUUUUUCACUGACGUUUUAUUUGCACACAGUCAGGUUUCAGCUAUACCGGAGGUGUGAAUUAUUUACAGUUGUUAUGUUCAAUGCUGAACGAUGUCGUGUUUAGGCCGCUCGCGGUGUUUUGCCUACUGGCAAGAAUUCUCGAAAUGCUAUGCUGAAGCUGAUGUGCCUAGUCAAUGCCGUCUGCAGGCGGAUGAUUAUCUAGAGUGCCUCCACCACACGAAAGAGAUUGCGCACGCAAAGGCUGUGAAGGCUGAAUUUAUUAAACAAGCAGAGCAUCAUGCUAAAGAGGGGCGUAAAGUGGCUGAUGUUCUCGCAGACGGCGUGAUUGUUGGAGUGGGGCUGAUACAACGAGACCAAGGCGGGGAAAGCAAGCUCAAGUAGUAUACUGAAAUACCCUUGGUCGCUGGUUCGACUUGCACAGCACUGUUGCAUCCUUCCGCAUUUUUAGCUGCCUCGCGGCUGCCUGACGGAGCCUUAAGCCGAUCAGUUACUGAAUGGAAAUCACGUUUUCGGAGGUCCUGCUUGCGGCUGACUUUAGUGCUUAUAAUAU